CGUAAUACCAUUAAGCCCGGUUCAAGACAGAUCUGAGACUGGCAGAGCUUUGGUUCCGUUGCCGCUAUGAGCUGCACGAUAGAGAAGAUCCUGACAGACGCUAAAACGCUGCUAGAAAGGCUUCGGGAGCACGAUGCGGCCGCGGAGUCACUGGUGGACCAGUCGGCGGCGCUGCACCGGCGGGUGGCAGCUAUGCGGGAGGCGGGCACCGCGCUCCCAGAUCAGUAUCAAGAGGAUGCAUCCGAUUUAAAGGACAUAUCCAAAUACAAACCUCACAUUCUGCUGUCCCAAGAGAACACACAGAUUAGAGACUUGCAGCAGGAAAACAGAGAGCUAUGGAUUUCCUUGGAAGAACAUCAGGAUGCUUUGGAACUCAUCAUGAGCAAGUACCGAAGACAGAUGUUACAGUUAAUGGUUGCUAAAAAAGCAGUGGAUGCUGAACCAGUUCUGAAAGCUCACCAGUCUCACUCUGCAGAAAUUGAAAGUCAGAUUGACAGAAUCUGUGAAAUGGGGGAAGUAAUGAGGAAAGCAGUCCAGGUGGAUGAUGACCAAUUUUGUAAAAUUCGGGAAAAACUAGCCCAGUUAGAGCUUGAAAAUAAGGAACUUAGAGAAUUAUUGUCUAUCAGCAGUGAAUCUCUUCAGGCAAGGGAGGAAAACUGAGUGGAUACUUCAUCCCAAGCCUACAAAUAACUUCUGAAUAAUUGCUGGAGGUUGUCCAGCAGGAACAAUCAAGAAAGCAAGUUACUAUCUUUUGAGUAUUAUGCAUUCAAUAUCUUAUCUCAGACCUGAUUGUUAAUUAAAGGUUCCCAGUAGAUGUCUAGAAUGCCCAGUCAAAAUUGGCUAGCCACAAAACAGUAUUUAGGUUUGUUAGUGAAAAUAGACACUGAAUAUCAUCAUUCCUUCCUCUAAGAAACUACUUUUAAAAUGAUUUCUGGGACCUCAAACUUUGUAUAAACCAUUUUCAGUUCAUUUUUGUGACUUUUCACAUCUUGAAAGAACAUCUUAUGUAAGUCAACAAUUGUUUUCUAUAAUAGAUUGAAAUUCUAAAAUGUUUUCUUAAAAGACUUAGUUUUUUAAAAUCCACUUGACAUAAACUUAGCUUUUGUUUUUGGGGAGUGUUUUCUGUUUGUUUUUCCAUUUGAAGAAUGUAAUGCAAUUCCACAGAACUAGAUAAGCAGCUUCUAUGAUUUGCAAUGUCAUUCACCUUCAAUGAAAUUUAAGUCUCUCUGGUGCUAAAAGUUGGCACUUUGUGGCCUUUACUCUGGAUUUGAGAGAACCUACUGAUAGUCCCAGUACAUAUACUUGAAAAUAAAUCAUCUACUUUUUCUAGUGGUAGGGUAUUCAUCCUGAUGUUAAAAGAAUGCUGAAAAAUUUGUCCUGUGUAUGUGCACACACAUACAUACUCUUAGUUCAGAUGCUAAUGGUAGAUUUUAUUUAUUUUUUUAGAUACAAGUGGCCAAUUUUCUCCUUUGUCCUAGUAGUAAGUCUUCAACUUCACCUACUUGAAGAGUAUAUACUAGGUUUAUUCAUGUCAUAGUUCAGUGGUACUACAUUCUGUUUAUAUAUAACUCCUUUAAGUUUAAGAACCAUCACUUACUUGGAUGUCUUUCAUUAUUUAGCACUUGUGAUUGGAUUUCUUUGUAGAAUCCAUGUUUCAAAAGGAAACAAAGUUUUAUCACCAAAUGAGAAUUACUAUGUUCAGUACUAUGUAGACAAUAAAGCAGUUUUGCAAUUCAAA